UGCAAGUACUUUGUAGUUGAUAGCAUAAGAAUACAGACAACAAAAUACCGAUGGAAGUCGCAUUUCAUAUUUGCAUUGUUUUCCUUGUCAUAUUUGGAGGCAAUACGGUAAAUGCUGACCGAUGCCUCACAUCUUCUGGAAUAUAUUACAAUGGUGAUACAAAGAUUUGUUGCAAUGGAACCUUGUAUGAUCGGAAUAAGGACAGUAAAGAAGAAGUUGGGUGUUGCGGAGAUGUUAUAUACAACGUCUUAGAUAAGAUCUGUUGCGGGCCUAAUUCUUUACGUGAGAGACAUGUUCAAAGUGGGGAAGACCAAAAAAAAGAACAAAUAUGUUGUGGGACAAACAUUUUUCAAGUGGCCUUUGGCAUGUCAUGCUGUGGGAACAACUACACAAAGAGUGAUGGUUGCUGCAACCAAACAACACCAUUCAAUAGGACCCAUUCACGAUGCGUUAGGGACAAGGUUGUUCCGUUAGGACACGACUACUGUAAUGGAACUCUGUUUAACAGACAGAAACAAAGAUGCUGUGAAGACUCCACUCUGUGGAAUAUUUCAUCGUACAACCGAGGCUUUCGAUGCUGUGGAUCGGAAGUGUAUGAUAAAAGGACUAAACAGUGCUGUAGAGGAUCUGGUGAAAGAAGAAUUCAGCCCCAGAAUGGUCAAUGCUGUGGAACAGGAUUGUACGAUCCCUCACAAGAACUAUGCUGCAAGAAUCAAGUGUUCCCCUCUUUUAGACGGCGUCAGUGUUGUGGUAAAGGUACAUAUGAUCCAGCCCAACAAGAAUGCUGUGGUGGGAGGGCAAUGACAAAGGGACUGCAAAUCUGUUGUAAAGGUACCAUAUACACUAUCGACUAUAAGUUACAUUUACGUUGUUGUGGUAACAAUGUGUACUAUUCCACAACGCACCUCUGUUGCAAAAAUGGCAUCAAGAUAGAAAAAACUUCCCCUAAUCACACCAAUUGUUGCAAAAGAAAUGCUACCUUUUAUUCUUGUGAGAAGCAGGAAUGGGAAAAGGCCGAUUCUGUUUGCGGGCAGGUAAGCUUCGACAAACAAUCCGACCUCUGCUGCAACAAUGAAAUUCAUAGAGGAGCAAUCAAGACAGGAAAACGAUGCUGUAAUCCAGGGACGCUUGCCUACGAUCCUAGAAACCAGACAUGCUGUUAUGGUGAAGUAACGAGAAAAACAGAAAGUUGCAGCAGUCCAACGUCCCUUCCAGCACCUAUAAGAAUGGAUAGACAGACCUCUGGUAUAUGUUCGUUAUGUUCACAGUCAGCGCCACAGAGAAAAAGAUUCAUAAACAACACAGCUGACGUGUGUAGAACAAAUGGUUAUAGAUUAAAAAUUGAAAACCUGACAAAAGUAUCCAACUUAAGUUCGCAACUUCAAAUAUCAUUGUUGGAUGUAACAGUGAAAGCAAACAUCUAUAACUCCACCUAUAGACCAAAUAAAACAGAACAACACACUUUGCUGAUACCCAGUAACUGUACUAAUAUGGACAAAUUCCGAAAAAAAACAUUCUUGCUCUUAACAGAUAUCGUUUUCCAUUCUUCACAAAACAUUGUUCAUCUUGGAGACAGUGACCUUAUUUUUCCAGCAGGAAGAAAGACAGAGCAAAUAGUAAAAAGGCGAUUCAAAAGCUGUAGUAGUUACAUUGUUCGAAACAUCCAUAAGAUUCUAAGUGGACAGUUAUGAGUACGAUGUACAGUUAGCACAAAGCAAUGACCCCCGUCAUGCUAACAUCCGAUAUUUUUACAAGUUGUACGAACUUGUUUAUCAGUCCGUAGACAAAAAAUAACAUUCAGUUUUAAAGCACAGGACGAAAACACCUUAGGUUUGAUUAAAUGCAAGAAAAAGCAAAGUAAAAAUUAAAAUUAUACUUUCGAAAAUAAAACCAUUUAUCCGUGAAUGUAUUGAACCAAAACUUAGACAUUUGAUUCACAGGUAGAUUGGAUCUGCAAUGGAAAAUAAACAUUUGACAGACUGUUCCUGUUCAAAGAUAUCAUGGUAUGAUAUAAUGAGUCCCCAGAGUUCAUUUCAUCAAAAUGGCCAUGCUAAUAACUGUUUGCCUGAUAUCGUGUGAUACACUGUUUAUACUUACACAAAUUUUAACCGUGUGUUGCCUCUUAUAAACCAUAGAUAAUAUAUUCAUAAAAUGAGGGGCGUUAAAGAUUCAGCACUUUGGACGCAAGACCAGACGAAGGAGUGUCGCUGAAACACGAAUCAAAUCAAAUCGUGUGAUUUAACGCUUAUAGUAUUGUUUUCUUUUCCUGAUUGUUUGGAGUGCUUAACAACAGUUUCAGUGUCCACUGCAUUCCAAAUCAUUUCCCAAACUGUGUUGUUGAAACACGAAGUCAUAUGGUUUGGUGUAUUAGGAAUUGAUUUAAAUAUAUAUGAUCAGGGUUUUGAAUGAUAAUUAACUGCAUGCAGGUAAUGAAUAUGUACUUAUAUGUAUUAUAUUGUAAGAAUGCUUUGUGAGCUUAAUUUAAUUGCAAAGAACAGUUUGGCGAGAGGAAGGAGUGAAUUGAGAAAUAGAAUUGUCUUGUAGAGGUUUUUUUUUUGUAAACUGGAUAUAGAGAACCCAGUGAUCUUUUUCUAGUGAAAUGACAAUGAAAAAGCCAUUUGUUGCAUUAUUAAUGUAUUUUUAAAAUCAUGUUCACAAUUGUUUGUUAUGCCUUAUCGUGUUCUUUUUUUUUUUUUUUUUAAAUGGCAAGUGUUUUUAUAAGAAUGACUCAUAUUUAUAUUCAAACCUAUUAGAAAGACUUAUAAAUGAUUUAUAUUUGCUUGAGUAUAAUCAAAGGAAAUAUGAAACAUUUUGUAACGUAAUUUUGUCGAUAUAAACAACAAAUUUAAUUUUAACUUCACAUGUGUUGUUUUCCUUCGUCAUAUAGUUUAUCAGUACUGUUACUACAGAGAUGACAGUAAAUAGAAAUAUCUAUUGAGACUUUACCGGGGUGUGCAUGUUCUAGAAGCUCUGGGGAAAAUAUAGACUGAAAAGAGAAUCACAUAUUGUGUUCUUAUGCAAAAAUGGCAAUAGUAUGUAUGCAAUAGCCAAUUGUUACAUUGUUUAUGUAUUCAUUUCAUGUUCAUUUAAUAUCUUUUAUUUCUCAUAUUGUGCUCUUAUGCAUGACAAGAGUAUUUGGAAGAGUGUAUGUUUGUACUGUUGAAUUCUUUAAUAUGCCGUCUUAUAUAAUAACAUACAUGUAUAUAAAAAUAUGUAUGAAUGUGUUGAUUGAGUUUUAUUUAAGGAACUAUAAAAUAACCCCAUUUUGUAACAUACUGUCUUUCGAAAUAAACAACAAAGUUAACUUUAA